AUUUCAGAUUCCGUGGUUACUAGUUACAAAUACUUUCCAGUGAUGUAUCCCGUCUUAUUCACUAUAGUCUUACUAAUUACGGCUAUUAGUUUCCAAAGUAUAAUAGUGCCAUUUAGGGUUGUAUUUUCUACCGUGAGUACUGUACUGUGGAUAUAUGGAUUAGCUUCUUUUGUCUUUUGCAACGACUACUUUGACUUCAUCGACAUCAUGGCAAACACUAGUGGACUGUAUUGGAGUGUCCCAUUAUUCACAUUGCCUAUCAUUAUGGGACUGUCGUCAGACUAUGACGUAUUCCUCUUUUCAAGAAUAAUGGAGAUGAGACGGAAAGGGUAUUCCAAUACGUUAUCUAUGAUCAUCGGGGUUGAAAAAGGAGGGUAUCUGAUAUCAUACGCAGGUAUUAUAAUGGCAGUGGCAUUCUCUGGACUCUUUUUGAGCUCUGUCCUAAUGAUGAACCAAUUUGCCUUCAUUCUAAUGUUUGCAGUACUGUUGGAUACGUUCGUCAUUAGAGCACUAAUACUCCCAGCAGUGGUAACGCUGCUGGGGGAGCUCAAUUGGUUCCCAAGAAAAUAUGAAACGGUGUGCGAGACGUACGAGGAAUAUAUAACAACGUUAAAGAAUGAAAUAUGUGAUGACGUGUGA